AAAUCAGCGGAGAUAUAGUGAUGCCUAUCAGCCACCAAAUCGGGUCUUAGAUGGAGGACCCGAAGUCAUCCGACACUUGAUCCGAAUGACCCAAAACUUUUCUAAGGUAACCUAAUAAUUUUUUCUGUAAAAAGUGUUACGAAGCCCUGUUCUUUUUUAAUUUGUGUCUUUUUACCGUGUUACGAAAGCCUUACUUUCAACAAGGCUUUCGUAAUGCUAGAUGACGAGUUGAUGCGCAGUCUCACAGAAACAUGGCCCAAUAGAUCAAGUUCGAAGCUAUCCACUUAACAACUCAAAGAUCAUUGAACCCACCCAGUGUUGGCACACCUUUCUCAAAAUUCGAUCUUCCGACUUUCCGUCGAUUCCAUAAAAUUACAUUCAGAAACAUCUAAAUCCAUACGAUUUUCUGUAAUCCAGAACUUAACCAGAACAUUGAAUUUUCGAGACAAAAUAAAAGCGUAUAUACAUCUGACUGUCAGUAACUCUGAAAGCUGCUUACCGAUUCGGAGACUCCCAGUCACUAUUACAUAGUAAUAGUUGUCCUAUAGAUCCAUUAGUCUACAGGACAUCAGUGAUUCCUGAAGUCCGGAUAACCCAAGGUAGUUCCGGGCAAUUCCGAGUAACUCCAGUUUGGAAGUAGUUCUGAGUGGUUAUCACAUACAUAAUGGUUAUCCAAUAUAUCCAUUUGUCUAUAGGACAUUAGCGACUCCGCAUAUCCCGGGUUUCGUGAUAAAUCCCGAUAAUUCCAAGUAGUUCUGGUUCCGAAGAAAUCCUGAAAUUCCGGAUGGUUACUACAUACAUUAUAGUUAUUCGAUACAUCUAUGAGUCUGCAAGUGAUUAGUGAUUCCGGAGUUCCUAGGGAUUCUCGAUCAAACAAAUUCCCGAAUUAUGUGAACUUGAAAAAGUCGUUCGAGUUUCUUAUUGAUUUUUCGAGUUCCAGAUAUAACUAGGAAUUCCCGGAAUCAGUUCCGUCCUCGGAACUGACUCCCAAAUGUUCAACAUCGCGGAAUAGGAUGACUGCUCGAUUCGUGACGCAUGUACAUCUGUCUUUAGAUAGCAUUGAAAAGUACAGCGUGUUAAGAGCCAGUUGGAACCGAAUUGAUAUACUUUCUCAUUUUCAUUUUCUAGAUUUAUCAAAAAACGCUAACUUGAAAGAAUUCUUUUUAGGAAAGAGUACAUUUAUCAAUUAUUUAAUAAAUUACUACCUUGGCGGUGGAUUAAAAGAUCUUCAUGUUGCCAUACCCACUCGAUACUUGGACAAAACUGAAGACGUGAAAUCUGAUGAAAAUGCUAGAGUAAAACAAACAAAUGUCAAAAGUAUUCUUUCGUCUCCAGUGAACAAACUUACGUGUUCAUUGACAUUCCUGGUAUCGGUGAUACAAAAGGCGUUCAACACGAUAACGAAAAUUUGGCCCAUAUAUUUGAUACGAUUCUAGAAUCACGUGACGUGACAGCCAUUCUACUCUUACUGAAUGGUGCACAAGGACGCCACAUAACUACAGUUAAAAACGUAUUAACUCGAAUCGAAGAUCGCUUACCAAACAAUAUUUUAAGUAACGUUAUUAUCAUAUUAACAAAUUGUCGUAGCCAUUCCGUUAAUUUUGAUCCUGAAAAAGUCGGUUUGUCAACAAAAGCUACUGUUUUGUACAUGCAAAAUUCAGCGUUUUCGUCACAUCCAAAUACAUGGAACGCUGAAAUUGUAUCAGCAUUACAAAGAGAUUGGGAUGCAUCAACGAGCGACAUAAAAAAUUUAAUUUGUCACAUUCGGAGUUUAUUGUCAGUUCCGAUGAGUACGCUGUACGACAUACAACAAGACCGUCAUCGUAUUAAAAGUCGUAUUAAAAGUACAGAAAUACGGCCAACGUAG